GAAUGUGCAAUCAAUGGAUGUCGUGUUGCCAUACGGUACGGUAGAUGUACUACAACCCACAGUCUUUCUUUCAAAAUAUAUUCAAGCACUGAAUGAAGAUGAGGGCGAUGAGGAUUCUGAAAUUCCCGAGUGACUAAAGAAACUAAGAGCAACGCAGGAGGAGACACUAUACGAAGGAGAAGGUGGAAGAAAGCAUGCCCAUAAAUUCCACAUCACCCAGUAGCCUUCCCGUUCCCGACACUGUAGAAGUUGUGAAUUUCGUCAGGACGACCGACAUUACAGUUUUUCUCAGGGAUGAUUAUGAGAGGUUUGCGGAGGGACUGUAUUUUUACAAUGUCCCCGUGACAGUGACAGUCUCCGAGUUGAAAGAAAUGAUCCGAAAGCAAGGAAACAGUGCCUCUCCUCCCAUUGACAUUCCAGUUGCAUCCCAGUGUUUGCUCGUCAAUUCUCUCACAAAAUUACGCAGAGAUUUGAUGUUGCAAGACGAAUGGACACUGGAGUUCUGUGAAAAUAUCAUUGGUCUGUGCCACAGCAUACACUUGCGCCUUUACUACAAAGAAGCGACAGUCGUACUAUUGAUGCAAAAUUCUCAUGGCCAAGACGACCGUCACGUGCUCAAAGUGAAAAAUCGGUGUGCCUACGUCCAUGAGCUUCAAACUCGAAUCCAAGAGCACUUUGGAAAACCUGAGUCAGAGCAAUUCCUCUAUGUCGAAGGCAAACCCUUGCGAACAGAGAGGCCAGUGUUGCCUGAAAGUUACAAUGGCGAUGAACCUGCAUUUAUAUGGUAUGUCAGUGAGCUUGCAAUGGAACAUUGCAGGCUCGAUCAGAUUCAGGGUGCUAUCCAAGAUACCUACACCGUUCGAAUCAUGUCAUACUGUGCAACAAUACACACGCUUGCGGGUGGGUGCAUUCCAAUUGGCUUUCAUACAACGAGCGACACCCUCAAAGAUCUAAAGAUGCGCCUUCGAGACGAAGGUCUUCCAAACAAAGGCUGUGAAAUCGGCAGUUCGAGAAAGAUUGCCAAGAUUCCUCUCGAGGAGCUCCAGUUGUUUGCCAAUGGGGCCUUGUUGUUUGAUGACAACAUGCUGAUGCAAACAGUCUAUCAACAAUAUAGCGUUGACCAGAAAAUCGACUUGCUUCUGAUACAGUCAAGCAGCCGAGAGGAGGUGGCGCCGAGCGUACCCCGAGGUAUAGAGGGAGCCGAAUAUCGCGCAAUCACCCUUCUGCAACUCAAAGAACUGGCAGCCAAGGUUGCGCUCCAUUGCGUCAAAGAUGGAUGGAAGAGUACCAAUCCUCAAAAGAAUCAGCAACCUCUGCAACCACAUGACGUGACGCUCUAUGACUUGGUUUACUACUGGGUAAAGCCGCAAACUGCCAAAUACAAUUGCAGCUACGUGGAGCUUGUUGCUCCAAAGCCACAGAAGCCUCGUUGGUUUACCUCGCACACUUGGGGCGGAACCUUUUUUCAAUUGGUGGCAUGCCUGGAGCAACACGCGGCAGACCAUCUUCUAGACAAGGCAAACACUACAUACUGGAUCUGUGCCCUUGCUCUCAAUCAGCAUGGGCUAGAUGAAGAGCUGCCUCCGAGAGGCUACAACACUCCUGAUACCUACCUCCAAAACAGUCCUUUCUACCGAGCAAUGCAACACGCGGAUGGGACUGUUUCUGUGCUGGAUGCCAGUAUGGCCUGCUACCACCGUAUAUGGUGUGUUUUCGAAGUUGCGAUUGCUCUGGGGGUCAAAGAGAGAAUAUCUUACGAGGAAGACCGGGACAGAAAAAAAGAGGAGGUGAGAAAGAAGAUAGAGAAUGCCAACAAGGAAGUCCGAGGGAGAAAUGCAAGACUUGAAGAGGAAAUCAACAAACUUCAAGGGCAAUUCGACAGGCUUUCUGAGGAGGCUGAGUCUACCAACUCGCUGGAAAUACAUAAGAGAGCAAACGAGCUCCAAGGCAGAAUAGUGGAGCUCCAGAAUCAAUGCGAGCUUGAGCUCUACAUGCCUCUUUCCAAAAGCAGAGUCCCUCUGCUGCACAUUACAAAGCCUUUGCAUGCACAGAAAUCCUCGUAUCUUUACGAUGUCUACGCUGCUACAGGCGGUAGAGACGCCAAGUGCAUCGGGCUGACUGACGGCAUCACAGAGUUUGAUCAAAGGCUUGGAUGCAAGGGUAUCCUCUCUGCAUUCCAAGCACAGAUUUUGCGCCAGCGUGACUUCCCCCUCCAUCUCUGUGAGGCUGCUUUGAGAGUAAAGUUGGAAAAUGCUGAAGCAACUGUUACCUCAGACAAGGACCUUAUCUUGCAUUAUUUGGCAAGCGCGAAUAUUGUGAGCCAAGAGCCAACUGCGGACUCUGCGGCAUUACACGAAAGCCCACCAAAUUUUCAUCCCGGUUAUGAUAGAGUGAACGCUAUGUUGCGAGGCAAAUUUGCCCUUUCAGCAUACAGAUUUGCUCUUGAUCAAGGCAGGGACAUGAGUGAUUACCGUGCAGCCCUGUCGCAUUACGAUGGCCUUCAAAGCUUGAUAGCAUCCUUCAAAUGCGAAGCCUUUGUGGAAGAUGCCAUACAUUUCUUGGGGGCUUUGCCAACAUCUCUUCGCAAAAUUGAGUUGUUUUAUGAAGACCUAGCAUUUGAAGCAUCAGAUCAAUUUGCUUGUGGAUUGGCACGACUCUGUAACCUUGAAUGCUUCAGCCUGGUUUCUGGAAGUAAGCUUGCCAAUGUAGACUGCCUGUUCCAAGAGUUGGAAGCCUUACCCAGACUGAAGGAAUUGCGUUUGGACUUCACUCUGUGUGCGAUGAUACAACCAAGAGACACUGAAUCGCAUAACCACUUGCAAACUCUUGAAGUCACUUUCUACAGCAAACCCAGCGGAGACAGUGACAGCAAUGGUGGCAGCUCGAAAGGGAGGGCAAGAAGCCAGUCUUCAGGGAGCGGCAGCAAAAGGUCCGUGGCUAUUGGAAGCAGUGACAGUGGGAGCGAAAUUGGCAGUGGAAGCGGAAGUUGCAGUUCCAGUUUCAAAGGGAAUGCCGGGGGGCUGUCUCCACGGAAUGGAAGUUGGAGAUCGGCGGCUAGUGAAAGGAGCAGUCGCAGUGGGAGCGGCAGUUGGUAGCGAUGGGUUUGCCAUUUGGCAAUUGGUACGAAGGGGGCAGCUAGUGGGAUUAUCAAUGUGCGUAACUGCUCAAUUUGACCUGGACUCCGAUAAGUGGGGUGAAGCUACUAGCUAGUCUAGGUAGCAAAGAGGGGACUGCCUGAAGGAGACCGAAUGAUUCAAAACCAUGCUUACAAUAUCCAACCAUCUAGCUACGCUUCCCACCGCUGUCACACUUCGUUGUAUUGGUGGAAGCCAUAGACCACCACCGACAACAGCACCAGUUCCAUCCCAAAUGUUGCCCAUACCAACGGGCCCAAGAAAACAAUCUCUAGAAUGUUGCACAGACCAAAGAAUAGGAAUGUUGGUACAGACGCGAACGACUCAUAGUGUUCAGCUGCUCGGGCCAUGCGGCGCCCCAGUGUAAGCCACCUCAAGAUACCCUCUUCGUCAUGAGAGUGACCACCACACACAUCAAUGAAAUGAACUCCGCAGGCAAUUCGGUAAGGAGACAGAAACCAAUGAGACAGGGUAUGUUCAUCCACAAAGGGGAACAGCAGAGCACUUUCAACAAUCGACGGUGUUUCCUCUUGCAGCGAAACGUAGUUGGAGGCUACUAUGCCCUCGUGAACAAUGAUCUUUCCCGAUGCUGUCAAUGGCAUGAACACCCCCCUCUUACGGGUCAGUGCAAAGCGGCUCACUUGCACUGUUGUUGGGGUGUCUUCGUUUUCAGAGGAAGUAGCAUGACCUACAGUGAUCAGGUGAUCGAACUCUUGGAGUUGGUCUACUCGAAUUGGCUUUGCUUUCCCGCUGCUGGUAUCCAAUACAAAAAUAAGGUGGUUCCCUGUCAUUUCGAUUGGUUCUUCCCGUUUGCUGUUAUGGUGGUAGAUUUGGUAGAACAUUUUCUCAGUAGUUUCAUUGCGAUGAUGACCAAAAGUAUAGACAGGCUGAUACGUGUCUUUUCCUGUCAGCACCCAGUCUCCUACCUGCAGAUCCUUCAUCUGGACUGGACCCCUUUGAUAUACUUGCACUGUCGUGGUAUCCGAGAAACAUCCUUCUUGGGGAUACCAAUUGGGACUAGGGCCCGUUGAAGGUCUCAAAUUCGUGGGAGCCAGCGUGGGCGUAGAAGUUGGCUCUGAAGAUGAUGAACCGGCGCUAGGCGAGUUCGUAUCAGUCACUCUGCAAACAUGGCCAUCGCCUUCAAACCCCGCGUUACAUGCACAGGAGUAGCCCCCUUCGGUGUUGGUACAGAUUGCGUGGGCAUCACAAGGAGACCCAGAAUUGCAUUCAUCAUUGUCGAU